ACAACCACCAACUUUCUGUUACUGGUGCACCUCCUUUCUCUACCCAAAGCAAUCGGACUUCCCCCUUUACUGCCAGCGAUCACUAUAUAACGUGACUUCAGAGCGUUUCUCUCUAAAUAUCGUUUCCCGAUCACUAGUGGACCAGCUUUGAAUGCGUGUUGUCAAGAUUGUCCUGAUGAUCUGGGCCCAUCCUCUGCUUCCGUUUCCAAGAGAGCUUCCCUCAGAGUACGCACCGUAAGGCCAGGGUUGGAUGCCAUGGAUCUGUGCGAGGAGGAGGAGCACGACACUGACGAUGAAGUGUUCAACCACGACCUGACGGCGCCCGACAGUGGGUACAGCGAGGCUAGCGGGAACUAUCCGCCCACCUGGAGCGCUGCCCGGCCACGCCUCUUCCACCAAUCACACCCCUGCGGACCAACGUACAGCCAGGCGGAGCAGUGUGACAGGGGCACUCAGACCUCCAGCUCCACCCCCCCACCUCUCCAGCCGCAGCCCGCCAGUCCCAUCUUACCCAGCGCAGUGGGAAGUGAGCCACAGAGACUGUUCUAUGGCACUGCAGGGAAUCGGCUCCAUUUUACAGAGGUCUAUGAGGUGCCGCGGGCCAACACAGUAUCUCGCUGCAAUCAAACCGAUCACUUACCCAUGGAUUUGCUACCGGAGGAGAGAGUGGAGAUUCGGAUUGGGCAGAAACUACGACAGAUCGGGGAUCAGUUCCACAGCUCCCAUGUUGAAAGGCGGAACAGGAAUGAAAACCGCGCCGACCAUCCAUUCUGGUGGAGGCUCCUUGUCCUCCUCUGUGCUUUAAUCUUUGACCCGAACGAGAAUGCGGAGGCCGCAGGUCAAAGGUGAGGCUGAACCCGCCCAUUCCUCCCCCGCCGAGCAAUCAACUGUUGGAGCGUUACCACGAGUGGCACUAAGCAAGAGAACAAUAGGACCCGUUUGAAGAUGCUCACCGCUGGUCGGAUGGUGUUUUUUAUAUAUAUGAACAUUCGGUGGAAAUAAAGCAUGGCUUGCCACUGACAUCCAGUAGGCACUGUUCAUCAUCACGUGCUCUUCACCUGCCAACAGUGCCUCUUCCUUCAAGAGCUGAUCUCCUGACCAAGACACCUCUGAACUCUGAGAAGAGCAUGUUGUGCUCCGUCCUCUCCAUUCCUUCGAAGCCUCCGUUUCCAUGGCAACAAAGAAAAACCACAAGACGAGUGCAUCGGUGAGGAGGAAUAUUGUCAAGAUGCGUCUUGACCAUCGGCCCACCGAAGUCGUACCAAAGAGUCUUUCGUACUUGAGCAAACAAAAUGUCACUGGAUCCCCAAUGGUGGUUUACGUGCAAUCCCUUUGAGGCUUAACCUGUGUUUUGUUUCCAUUCCACACCAGGUCCUGGCCCUUCGCUCCUAGCCCAUCAUCACCAGCACCUUCCCUCCCAUCAUAAAGCUGUAAGAUGUAACAAAGUGAACCUCCCCAAGAACCAUCCUCACUAAAAGGGGACGGGUGAGGUGUUUAAAUGUUUCUGCUCACUGAUGCACCGAGAUCACUGGCUGUCUCCUCUAUCCCUGCUGAAAGCUUCGUUUGUCAAUGGUUCAUUUAAGAUUUAACUUUACAAGUCACUUCUGAGACUAAAGAGUUUUAAGGCAUUCAAACCUGAAAUGUCCUAAUUCUCUGGCAGGCCAGUAGUUUAAGAGUGAUCAGAACAGAAGCUCCUUCCCUGGGACCUUUCCUCUCCUCUUCCCUUUCAAAGUUAAUUAGCUUUUGGAUAGAGCUGAAAAAUAUUGCCGAACAAUUAAUUUCUUUACCAAUUUUUGUUUUAAACGUGUUUGAUGGACGGGAGAGAAGAAAUGAUAGUCAGAGAUCGCAAAGGCACCUUGAAGAUGUCUACCCAAAGUCACGUUUUACAGAUAACUUUCAGGGACCAUAUCCAAGUGCUCUUAUUAAAGGAACCCUGACAGUGUGAAGCUACACUCAAUGAUACACGCAAGCAUGAGACUCAAUGAGGGAAUGGUACUGGAGGGCAGGUAUGGAUAACAUGAGUGAUCAUGGACUCGUUUCCCUUGGUGGCAACUGGUACUGUUUAUUACACACAAUAUUCCAGCAAGCAUUCAUGUGGCCUUAAUCUGCCGCUGCCAUAACCUCCUCAACACACCCUCAACGUCCCCAUUGUUAAGAUGACACCUCAAGCUGAAUAUGACAGCAU